AUGUUGGAAUACCUGAGCUACAAGAAGUUCAAAAAGUACAAGACAGAGAAGGAGGCAAAAGAGGCGGCAGCAGCAGAAGGCGAGGUGGAACACAACAACGGUUCGCCAGCACCAUUACCAUCACCAGGCAAGCUUCACCCAGACUCGCGACCAUCAGCCACAAGGCGCCAAACGAGCUCGCAGUCCGUCUCGACAACAGCAAGCGCAGCGACAGGAGGCGGAGGCCCCGCGCCUCUCCUCAACCGCAAAGAUGAGGCCUUCUUCAGACGCAUCCUCGCCGACGCCAACGACGUCGACUCGGACGACGAGAGCGUCCGGCCCGCCCUGCCCCCGCGCAGCAAGACGCCAGAGUACAUCUGGGAGGACUCUGACGGGUCCCGGCGCACCGCCGCCGCCGCCGAGAAGCAGACGCCCAAGAAGGCCGCGACAGUAGCGGUAGACCCCAAAGACGCAAAUGCCUCGGGCAGCAGUUCCAAAAUUCCCAGCAAGAUCGCCUUCCUCUUCAACAAGGCCAAAGGAACCCUCGACGACAAGGACAAGCAGCUUGCCCCAACAAAGGCAAACGUCCCACCAAAGGAAGCCGCCCGCGAAGAAGACGACCUCUCCCGCGUGCUCGACGACCUCAACCUGUCAGCGCGCAACAACAAAGCCGUGCCCUUAUCCGCAGAAUCCUCCGAGCUCGUCUCCAAAUUCACCCUCGUCCUAAAGGACCUCGUCAACGGCGUGCCCACCGCCGCAGACGACCUCAAGGCCCUCGUCGAGGACCGCGACGGCACCCUCGCAAAGACGUUUGACAAGCUCCCCAACAGCAUGAAGAAGCUCGUCACCCAGCUCCCGGACAAGUUCACCGCCAGUUUGGGACCCGAGGUCCUCGCCGCCGCCGCGAAAGCACAGGGCGUCAACCACGCGGAAUUCGCCGCCGAGGAAGGCAUCAAGGGCGCCGCGAAGAAGAUGUUCACGCCCACGAGCCUCGCGGACCUUGUUACCAAGCCGGGCGCCGUCGUGGGCAUGCUCAAGGCCAUCGUCAACGCUCUCAAGCUGCGCUGGCCGGCCUUUAUCGGCGCAAACGUCAUCUGGAGCGUUUCCAUCUUCCUCCUCCUCUUCGUCCUUUGGUACUGCCACAAGCGCGGCCGCGAAGAACGCAUCAAGCGCGAAAACGCGCCCGAAAUCAUCGACGGCUCCGGCCGCAUCGAAGAACUCCCCGAUGACCCGGCCCUCAUGGCGGGUCCCUCCCGCUCGCGCACCGAGCCGGUGGUGCGGUCAUCAGAUCGUCCGCGCAGCCAGCGCAGCGAACGCAGCCGGCGGAGCGGCCGACACAGCUCCGGACGGACGACGCCUCAGCGACGGGCGUCGCCGGGCCCCGAUUCCCCUAGACGGAGGUCGACAAGGAAGUAA